AUGGUCCUGGUUGGUGACAAUAUGGAUGAGAUCAAUUCUGUUAAACAACACCUUGAUCAACAGUUCUGCAUCAAAGACUUAGGACCUUUGAAAUUUUUUCUUGGUCUUGAAAUAGCUCGGUCACCUCAUGGAAUUGUUGUUAAUCAACGGAAAUAUGUUCUAGAACUGCUUGCCGAUAGUGGUUUGCUUGGGGCCAAGGCUGCCUCCACACCAAUGGAGCCUACCCUACGUUUAUGUCAGAAUCAAGGUGAUCCUUGUGCUGAUCCUGCAUCAUAUCGUAGACUUGUGGGGCGUCUAUUGUAUCUUGCUAAUACUCGACCGGACAUAUCUUUUGCUGUGCAACAGCUUAGCCAAUUUGUGGCUAACCCAAUGAUAGCUCAUUUUGAUGCUGCCAUUCGAGUACUCAGAUAUCUAAAGGGGUCUCCUGGCAAGGGGUUAUUCUUCUCUUCUAGUAGCUCUCUUACACUUUCUGGUUUCAGUGAUGCUGAUUGGGCCACAUGCUUGGAUACUCGUCGCUCUAUUACUGGGUUUUGUGUCUUUCUUGGCACCUCUUUGAUCUCUUGGAAAUCCAAGAAGCAAACCACUGUAAGUCGAUCCUCCGCUGAAGCAGAAUACCGUGCCUUAGCCUCUUUGACUUGUGAGAUCCAAUGGCUCACCUAUAUCUUACAUGAUCUUCGUGUUCCCGUUUCUGGUCCUGCUAUGCUUUAUUGUGACAAUCAUGCUGCAGUUCAUUUGGCCCAUAAUCCUUCUUUUCAUGAAAGAAGCAAGCACAUAGAGCUUGAUUGUCAUGUUACACGCCAUCAUAUUCUGCAAGGACUGAUUCAUUUGAUACCUAUUGCCUCAUCUCAACAGCUUGCAGACAUGUUUACCAAAGCCCUUCAUCCUACUCAUUUUCGUGACUUCAUGGACAAGUUGGGGUUUAAGGAUAUUCACCUUCCAACUUGA